AAGUUGAUGCUCCCACUUAACGAAGAAAUAACGAACUGACAGCACGUCUUGGGCUAACCUUACUUCCAUCUGAAGACGCGGGAAUUGUGGUGGACGGUGGUAUCGCGAAUCAAAACAAAAUGUACGAAUCCGCGGAAAAUCCCAUCUUCACGGAGGAUAACUAUGAUCUGGAGGGUGAAGGAAGUGACCAAGAGACUGGAGAUAGUGGAAAUGACGGAGGACUCCCGAAAGUACCCACGGAACCUGCGAAGGACGGUGUGAAAGUGGCACCCAAGAUAGUCAUCCGGAAACCACGGGUCAUCCUUACCACGGCCAAGCUGAAGGGCGAGCGCGGUCUGCACACAAUUGAGGACUACUUCCGCGAUGUGAAGUUCAAGGGAAAGGGCCAUGAGGCUGAGGAUGUCACACUCAUCAUGCGGAAACUGGAGCACUGGGGUCAUCGAGUUUUCCCUGCAAUGUUGUUUGAAGACUUUCUCACACGCUUGGAGGAGUUAUGCAGAAAGAAGGACGUCCAGAAUCACCUCAGAUUGUAUAAGUUAGGCAUGCUAACGCCAAUAGUGGGAACUGAUGAUCAGCCAGAGGAGAGAAUGAAUGAAGACCCUGUGGAUGCUGUCGAUGACUUCGACGCUUUACUCUCUGAACAAAUGGAAAUGCAAAGAAAUGUCUCCAACAAGAAUUCUGCACAAGCUUCCUCCAGUUCGUAUAUGGAUUACACAUUCAGAGAAGAUCUGGAAGCAGAUUCAUCUCUGGGAGUUGCUGAAAUUCCCCCAACGCCGCCUCCAGCGUCAAAGAUGACCGAAGAGGCAAAGGCGAAGAUUGCAGAGAACCGAAGAGCUGCCUUGGAGCGUCUCCGAGCCAAACAGGCAACCCAGUCUGCUGAAAAUAUUGCUGAUAUAUCUGAAUAAA